AUGUCUCAUUCCGAGAACGCUACGUUCCAAGUGGGGGCAAAUAAAAUGUUCCUAAAGAGCGGUUAUGAACCACUUGAAAAUGGAGCUUUAUUAGCCAACCGUGGCUACUUCGUAUCUGCUCGACCGGCAAUGGGGAAUAUUAUCCUCAACAUCAACACCGUAAUGAGCGCGUUUUAUGCCCCCAUGCUCGUCAGCAAAUUUCUGAAAAGAUACGAUGACCCUGACAAGGCAUAUGAUACAAUCCGAGGCUUUGGAAAGACGAUUCAGGAACAAACGUUCAAGAAAGAUGGCAAAGACGUCACCGUCAAGGACUACCUCAACAGCCCAUAUCCCGGUUUGAACCUUGAAAAUGCUAAGGAGUCCUGGAUGGUGGCUGUGGACCUCGACGGAGGUGAAGGCAAAGAAAGUUGGUAUACGCCUGAGAAGCUACUUAUUCUCCCAUACCAGGUCUUCAAUAGAGUGUUACCUUCCCAAAUUACCUCAGAUAUGAUAACGAAGGCAUGCCGUGCGCCAGCGGUAACCGUGUCCGCUAUUGUUGGAGGUCUUCAGGCGCUUGGAAUUUCUGGAAAGAGCUUUUCAAAGGCUUUCAGCGUUGACCCGAGGAUGCUCGAAAUCCCGGUUCGCGCAAUGGAAAAGCCAAACGUUCAGUACCGCGCCGGCGAUAAUUCCAACGUCGAGCCAGGUCCCAAGGCUGACCUCUCGGAAGUUUUUGAACUCGCCGCAGACAUUCAGAGUCACCGUACAGCUGAUUCAACACAAGGGGGCGAUGUCAACAAACGCAUGCUCGACCCUGAGUAUUAUGACUUCACAGACUUGAUUAGCAAGCCAGCCAGGCCCGCUGUCCACCUGGUACUCCUUGUCUUACCAAAGAAAGAUAAGGAUAUCUACGCCGACUUCAAAAAGGUUGCCGAUCGUGAGGGCUGUCAUUCGAUAUGUGUGACCGAGCAGCCAAAUUUCAUGAAGGACGAAUAUGACGAGAAAGGAAAUCCCAAGCUGGGAAACAUGACUCAAUACGUGGCAAACGUCACCAUGAAACUCAAUUUAAAAGCAGGAGGGGUCAACCAUACAGUGACCGGGCUGACGGACUCGUUAAAAGACACCCUUGUCCUUGGAGCUGAUCUUACACAUCCCUCUCCUGGAAGUGUGGAAGGGGCCCCGUCGAUCGCUGCACUUGUUAGAAGCGUCGGAACAAGUGGUGGUAAGUGGCUUGGUUCGAUGAGACUGCAAUUUGGCACUAAAGAGAGAAAGCAGGAGGAAAUGGUACGGGAGCGGAUCAAGGCCUGGCAGAAAGAUGCCAAAACCGACAAGCUCCCCGCAAAGGUCAUCUAUUUCCGGGAUGGAGUGAGCCAUACCCAGUACGAAACCAUUCGGCAAGAUGAAAUUCGUAAGAUUAGGAGCGUGUGUGAGGGACUGGGAUGGAAAUCCACCGCUGCUCCAAAGAUCACGGCAAUCAUUGUCACCAAACGUCACCACACGAGAUUCUUUCCGAAAGAACUUAAGGGGUAG